UAGCUCAUUCACUGUUUGUGUUGUCGUGGGAGUCAUGGCGUCUUACAGUAAGCUGUCAGCUCUGUUUCCCAUUCAGAGCCAGUUAGAUUACGCUUUGGACGACGCGACGACUCAAGAAGAAAAAGAAAAUCUCAUAUAUCAGUAUUUGCACAAAAUAGACGAGAAAGAUGAUUUAAUUAUACCGGAUUUUGAAGAAGGACUGGAAUGGCUGAACACAGAUGGUCCUCUGUCUUUCAGGAAGGAGUUGUUAGGCAAAGUGGUGAUGCUUGACUUCUUCACAUACUGCUGCAUAAACUGCAUGCACAUACUUCCUGAUCUUCACCAGCUGGAGCAAAGUUACUCUGUAGAAGAUGGUCUGGUGGUUAUAGGUGUGCACUCUGCUAAAUUUCCCAAUGAGAAAGUCUUGGAAAACGUACGUAGUGCGGUUUUGCGAUAUGACAUCACCCAUCCUGUGGUGAACGACAGCGAUGCUCGUCUGUGGCAGGAACUGGAAGUGUCCUGUUGGCCCACACUGGUGCUGUUGGGACCCCGGGGUAACCUGCUUUUCUCCCUGGUGGGUGAAGGCCAUCGUGAACGCAUUUUCCUUUUCACUGCUGCUGCUCUCAAGCACUACAGAGAAAAAGGUCUGUUGAAGAACCACAGCGUGGGAAUCAAACUGUAUAAAGACUCCCUGCCCCCCUCCAUCCUCUCCUUUCCUGGGAAAAUAGCCAUGGAUCCCAGCAGCAAGCGGUUGGUGAUUGCAGACACAGGACACCAUAGGGUACUGGUGGUCUCCAAUACUGGACAGGUGCUACAUGCUGUUGGGGGUCCCUCAAGUGGAAGGCAAGAUGGAAAUUUGUCCGAAGCCCAGUUUAGUUCGCCACAAGGGGUUUGCAUAAAGGGAGACACGGUUUACGUGGCUGACACUGAAAACCACCUUAUUAGAAAGAUUGAUCUUUUAGAGGGAAACGUCACAACUUUAGCUGGCAUUGGCGUGCAAGGCACCGAUAAAGAAGGCGGAGCACCAGGACCACAACAGCCUAUCAGCUCUCCCUGGGAUGUUACCCUUGGCAACGCAGGCGGUGAUGUAUUGUGGGUAGCCAUGGCAGGAACGCAUCAGAUCUGGGCUCUCUUCCUGGAGGAUGGGAAGCUUCCCAAAGGGAGCGACUGCAGAAAAGGAACGUGUGUGCGCUUCGCGGGCAGUGGGAACGAGGAGAACAGAAAUAACGCGUACCCUCAUAAAGCGGGUCUGGCUCAACCGUCUGGCUUGGCUUUGGCUCCAAAAGAGCCUUGGGAGUGCCUGUUCAUCGCGGAUAGUGAGAGCAGCACCAUCCGUAGCCUUUCCCUGAAAGAUGGAGCAGUCAAACACGUGGUGGGGGGAGAGAGAGACCCUUUGAACCUGUUUGCCUUUGGAGACAUCGAUGGCAAGGGUAUAGACGCGAAACUGCAGCAUCCAUUGGGAGUUUGCUGGGAUGAGGGCAACAGCCUUCUUUACGUGGCUGAUUCUUACAACCACAAGAUCAAAGUGGUGGAUCCAAAGACAAAGCAGUGCAGGGGUUUGGCAGGCACAGGAGAGGCUGGAAAUAAGCUUGGUCCAAAUUUCUUGGAGUCCAGUUUCAAUGAACCUGGAGGCCUGUGUGUGGACGAGCAGAAGAAGCUUUUGUAUGUAGCAGACACCAACAACCAUCGCAUCAAAGUUUUGGACCUGGAGACUAAAGCGGUCUCUGUGUUUUCUAUUGUAGUGAAAUCAGAGGUCGACUCCAGCAGACCUGUGGUAAAAAAGGUUCCCAAGCUUCCCAAAUCAGCCCCGAUCCUUACAAUGCCAUCCAUCACUGUAUCAGCUGGGCAUUCUGUCACUCUUUUACUAAAAGUGGCUUUACCAGCCGGGACCAAACUGACUGAAGAAGCUCCUAGUUUUUGGAGCCUAUCUGCAGAAGGUAAUGAAUGGCUCCUGGAAGGUCAGGAUGUGACGGGGAACAUCCGCCAUCUCUCAGAACCCAUCGUCAUCGCCUCAUCAAUCCCGGCAGUCCCUCUCUCCCCAAACCCCACGUUGACGCUCGAUGCCUGGAUCUACUGCUGCCUUAGUGAGGGUGGGGCUUGCAUGAUGAAGGCGGUGUCCUUCAGGCAACCUCUCCUGAUUGGCUCCACCCACAAGGAAGGAACUGUUUCAGUGACACUUGAACAUGCUUUUUAGAACAGGCUCAAAUCAUCCUCCAGUUUAUUUCGGACAGACUAAUAAAUAAGCUUUUGUGCGUCAUGAUUUGACGAGUAAAUAUUGACAAAGUGCCUCUUUCUCACCAGCAAUAUUUUGAGGUUCUGUCUUGUGUCGAGAGAGGUGUGUCACAUGAUAAAGCCUUCUUAAUAAUAUCUUGUUAGCAUUACUAACCAUUUUUAUUCACUCCAAUAAUGACUGAAAUUUUGAAUUGUAGUUUUAAAAUGUAGCCAGUGUCAGCAUUUAAAUUAUAGUGAAUUGUAUAUUUAUUUUUUCUCACUGUAUAAUAUCAUAAGGAAAUCUUCUAGAUAAGUUAAGUCAGGCUUAAUGCUGUUUAAUGGACAUUAUUUAUUGUUUUUGUACCAGGUUUGAGUGCCUUUCUGAUGAGCAAUACGCUUUAUAAGGAAUGAAUUAUGGGUUGGAAAUCAAGCGGUGGCAUUCCUGUGUGACCCAUUUACAUCAAGCCAUUAAUGUUUCUUAAAAUAAUAGCCUGUCAGAAUGGUUAGGCAUUAACAAGGGGAAUUGCAAAGCAAGCUGAUGCAUCAUACAGUAGAUGUGCUCGAAGAUCAUGCAUGAAAUAUACAUUAGACCAGGUUUUCAGAUACAGUGAUGGUCACUAAACUUGUUCUGUUUUUCUUUUUUGGCUGCUUUUUUCUAUGGCUAUAAACUAUUUAAUAAACAACAAAAACUGUAUCUCUCUCUCUCUCUCUCUCUCCCUGCUGAGGGCAGCUCUUUUAUACAGGCUUUAAAUUCUGCACUUUAACAGAUUAAUUGGAUGCUGAGGUCUAAUAAAGAUUAUUUUCCCAGCG